ACAAAACUGCAAAAAGCGCCAGGCCUCACAAGUAACAACAACACAAAAAAAACACACCUGCUUUCUUCAACAUUAAAUGCUCUUCCACAUUUAUCCUUGUUUCAAUCUCCAAAUCUCUCUCCCUUUUUCGUGGUUCUCUCGUAAUUUCUCUCAUUUUCGAUCCCAUUCUCCUACCCCCAACCCCUCCGUAAGUCCGCUGAUCCCGUCCUGUUGGGGUUUCUACUGUUCGUGCUUUUAAAUAUUCGAAUCUUCGCACGUUUACCAUUAUUGUUAUCAUUAUUUUAAUAUUAUCCAUCUCCACUCGGCUAGGGUUUUGUUUUGUUUUAAUUUGUUAGGUUUGAGUCUCGGAUUUGAGACUGGGGUUUUGAGAAAUUGAUCUAGUGUUCGAUUGUGAGGGAUUAGGGUUUUGAGAUUUUCAGAUAGGUGAUGACGCGGAGUUCAAAGCACAAAUCAAGUAAGAGGAGUUCGAGAGAUGCGAGGGAUUACUCGGAUUCUGAGAAGGACUCCAGCUUGAAGGACCGGAAAGGGAAGGAUGAGAGCAGUAGUGUUAGGGUUUCGAAGGACGCAGGUGAGAAACGGAAGCUGGAUUCGAAGGAGUGUAAGGACGCGUUUGGCUCAGGCAUUGGUGACUAUCAUGAAUAUAAUUCCUCGUCUAAGCGGCGGAAGGACCGGGUUGAGGACAGCGGGAAUGACAGGUGGGAUGGCGGCGGUGAGGAUGAUAGGACUGAGAGUAGCUCCAGGAAAUCCAAAGUUUUGAGUGAAACGAGGAGUAAGAGGAGGGAUGACGAUGAGUUUCAGAAGUCGAAGAGUGAAGGGAAGCAUAGAGAAUCGAGUCGAAAGGAGAGUAGAGAAGUGGAGAGGGAGAGGGAGAGGGAGAGGGAGAGGGAGAGAGAGAGGAAGGGGAAGGAAGGGAAAAGCGAGAGAUUUGCUGAGAGUGAAGAGCAAAACAAGCAACUGGGUAUAAAUGAAAAAACUGAGUCAAAUGUACAGGAUCAGUUACCAAGUCCUGAUACAGAGAUUCAGCUGGAGAAACGAGCCAGGAGAAGGAAAGAUGCUUCUGGUGAUGGGGAUAAACCUGACAUUGAUAUCAGGGACAUCAAUAAUAGAUGGUCGGAUGAUGUUGUUAACGAUGGAAAACAGAAAGAUGAGAAGCAUAAGGACGAAAGAUAUAGGGAUAAGUACCGGGAAGAUGUGGACAGGGACAGCAGACAUCGAGAUGACAAGCGGAACCGUGCCAGAGAUCAUACUAGUAGUAGGUCUGAUGAUAAGCACUUUAGGGAUGAAAAAGAUGCAACGGAAACUAGACAAAAAAAAUUUAAGCCACAGGAAAGUGAUCGUGAUCGAGAACGUGAAUAUGACCAUGAUCGUGAUCACUACCGGAAGCGUGAUAGGGAUUGUGAUCGUGAUCGCAACCGUGAUGAUGGAGACCAUGAAUGGGACCGGGAGCGGAAUCGGGAACUAGAACGAGAUCAGGAUCUUGACUGCCGUGACCGUGAGCGAGAUCAACGAGAUCGAAACCGGGAUCAUGAUCUUGGCCAUGAUCAUGAUGGAGAUCUUGAUCAUGAUGGGUCACACCUUGAGGACAGGAGUAUCAAAUACAAAGAUAGCAGAGGAAAGAAGAGAUCCCCUGAUGAGCAUGAUGAUUCCAAUGAUACUAAGUUUAGAGGUAUCAAAAAACACUACCCUGACAUGGAAAGCAAAUCGUUGAGCAGCAGUAGACUUGAGUCAGAUGCAGAUAGGGGAAGGUCUCGGUCACGUCAAGUCUAUGCUGAUUCUACUGUGAGUAGCAAUAGAAGGAGGACUUCUCCCAGCUCCAGUUCACAUGGUGGCGAUGAGAGCAGACAUACAAAGCAGGAAGAUUUGAAGUACAGAGAUUCUAUGACAGAACAAAGGCCAAAAGCAAUUUCCUCAAAGGAGGUAACUGGCUUUUCAGGAGUAUCAGAUAGAGGUUCUAAGUAUAGAUUGAUUGAGAGAACUAGUAAAAUUGAUGAUGACCAUUUGGGGGAGUUAUCAGUUGAGAGGUCUUCCAGUUCAAAAGCUUCACCCAUGGGCUUGAUGGAAAGAUCUCCUUCUUUGACAAGUCAUGAUCGCAGAUACAUGAACAGAACUGGUGUUAGGCGAAGUCUUGAAAUUGAAGAAACAGGACGGAGGAGCAGUAUUGGUCCCAGAGACUUGUCUGCUGGUGAUGAUAGGUUAAAUCGGGAAUUACCUUUGGAGAAACCUUUGGAUGAUUCCUCCCAAAUUGAUCUAUUGUAUUACAAUAGAACUGGUCAGAACAAUUCAUCUUCUUCUUUACCACCCCCUCCUUUCAGGGGUGGAGUUGGCAGUCCUUCAUUUAUGGGUUCACUGGAAGAAGAUGGUAGAGUUAAUUUGAAUGCUCGUUACCGCAGGUGUGGUGAUGCCAGUGUAGGAAGAGGACAAGGAAAUGCAUGGAGGGGUGCCCCGAACUGGUCGUCGCCAGUGCCGAAUGGUUUCAUGUUUCAACAUGGGCCACCCCAUGGAGGUUUUCAAGCAAUGAUGCCGCAGUUUCCUACUUCUCUUUUUACUGUUAGACCGUCAAUGGACAUCAAUCGUUCUGUGAUUCCACAUCAUAUACCUGAUGCAGAGAGAUUUUCUGGCCAUCUUCGCCCUCUUGGGUGGCAGAAUGUGAUGGAUGGAUCAGGCCCUCCUCACUUGCAUGGAUGGGAUGGAAAUAAUGGUGUUUUUAGGGAUGAACCUUACAUGUAUGGAGGGUCUGAAUGGGACCAGAAUAGGCAUCCGAUUAAUGGACGAGGGUGGGAAACUGGUGCAGAUAUGUGGAGAGGAGAAAAUGGUGAUGUGAAUAUGGACAUGACUUCAACAUCCCAGAAGGAGGAUCAGCCUGUUCAGGCCCCUUCUGAUGAUGCUUUGGUUGAGCGUCCAGGUCAGCAGACUCUGUAUGAAAAUAAUCAUCAUGGUGUUCGGGAGAAAAGUGUUGAUACAAAAUCCAUUAGUUCUUUUAUAGAAUCUUCCAAAAUCUCACCUAAAACUAACCAUGAGAAGACAUCAGAUCCUUCUAGAAAAUCUAGUGUGGAUAAUCUUGCUAGCAGUUGUCGUGCGUAUCUUGCUAAGCUUGACAUUUCAAAGGAACUUACUGCUCCGGAGUUGUUUAGCAAGUGUAUGAAUUUACUUGACAUGGAUUUAACUGCAACUUUCGAAAAAGAAACCACCAUGAUUGUAAAUUUGAAGAAUGGUGGAAGACCAGUUUCCAAAAGUUCCAAAGCUUUGUUAAGUCCUCCAUUUUUCCCUGCGGCAGAUGAUUCUGUUUUUCAGAGAGCCAUGGAACAAUACAAGAAACAGCGGGUACAGAUCAGUUGCCUGCAAAUUGUUAACGUUGGGACCAUAGAUAUCAUUUCAAAAUGUAAUCUCGAGAAAAUGGUGCAACCUUCUUCUUGCAAGGUCAAAAAGGCUGGGAAGUUGGUGUUGAUUUCUGAUACAGAAAUGUCUGAUGCGCCAUUACCAGCUUUAGAUCAAAAGAAACCUGAAGACGUUCCACAUACUGAUGUUAAGGAGACACUAGAGGAGCUGGUUUCAACUCCAUCUCAAGUAAUGCCUGAUCACAAUGACACCCCUCCUCUAAAUUUGGAAGCGGCGGAUCAAUCUCUUACACCUAAAAGCUCGAAACAAAGCGAACCAGUUCUUAAUGGGGAUAAGAUGGAUGUGAUGACUUCUGAGCGGCAGUUGAUUGCAGCAGGUUCAGACGGAGAUCAAUUACCAUCUCCUGAUAAUGCAUCUGAUGGAGCUCCCAUUUUACCUCUGGUCGGUAAUGAGGUAAGUAUAACGGAAAGCAAUAAUUCCCUCUGUACUACUGAGGAAAGUCAUGCUUUAUCUGAUGCUAUUAGUAAUCCUGUAGUUUUAUUGGAUGAGUCUCCUAAAGUAUCUGAGGCAUUGAUGCCUGGUUCAAUUGAGUCGGGGUCGGUAAUUUUAAGUCGGAUACAUCAUUCUCCUGAAAGUACACUUUGAGACAAUUUCUUAUAUCCAUGUUUCUUUGCUUAUUUUUGCUUCUCUUAUUCUGUUGCCGUUUAUUUUUGAGGAAUAAAAAGAACAUGUGCUUUUCUGAGUCCA